AUGACGCGCUUCUUUGCGACGCACGAGUGCAACGCCCUCUGCACGGCGCUGGGGCUUCCGCCGUUUGAUGGACCGGACCCAAUGGCUGCACCCCUACCUCUUGCACCAUCGGAGGAUGAGAUGCGCUGCAGCUGUUGGCUCUGCGGGGCAACGUACACUCGGACGCACGCUGCCGUUGUAGCCGAGCUCAAGGCGAAUGACGGGUGCGACGUGCACUGCGAUGCGUGCACCGCGCUUAUUACUGCGACAACAUCGACCGUGGCCUGCAGCACGUGCAACCGACCCGUGACGUUUGCCGCAUACCGCUGCGAGAUGGAAGGCGAGGCACCACCAACGCUGUGCAUGGGGUGUACGCCACCGACGCUGCCGACGACGUGGAUCAAGCGAAUCCAUGCGGCAGUAGAAACGGCGGCGCAGGCGGACGGGUGGGCGACGCUGGCGGCCGUCGAGCACCACUUGGUCACGGCGCACCCUGAAGCGCUGGAAAUGCACCGACGCGGUCUUGUUGGGCCAGACAACAGCACGCUCAAGGAGAAGCUGCGCUUGAGCUUAAGCUUAGUCCGUCCGCCUACCUAG